AAAUCCUUGAUUCUUAAUUUCGUUCCUCACACAGUAUCUCUCUUUCAGUCUUUCUUUCCUAACGCAGUCACGCUGUUUCUUCACUCAACCUGGCGGCGCCUCAUUCUCCAGCCUCCACGAACCACGGCUCCACCUCCAGUGCUCCACGGCUGACCGCGUCCAGAUGGUUAAAAGCUUCUAACCUGUACCCUUUAGAAGGAGUUGGAUGCUUUUAUGUUAAUCGUUCUUUUCUUCCUUUUCUUGCUUUUGCCUUUUUCUUUUUUCUCUCUCGAAGGGGUUGCUCUCACUUUUGCAGAAGAAAGACACAGAAAAACCGCCUCGCACCGCCCCGCCCCGCACAAUCCGAGACCCGGAGGAUACUGUUCAUUACAGCCGGGUCUCGGGUGGAAUUUAAAAUACCCGCUAGGUGCGGGUUGGGUAUAAAAAAACCCUCCAAACCCGCCCCCGGGCCGGGUCGCCCACCCCUACUUCUAGAAUUAGGACUAGGGUUUUUCAAUCUGAAGCGUUCACUCAUGGAAAACUUCAAGGAAGGAAAAGUCGGGCUGCUUCACCAGAUCCUCCCUCCGCGCCUCGAAGACGCCGGCCUCGAGGACUGCGCCCUUCCGCCGGACUCCAUCAAGGAAGCAUUCCUGAAGGCCGCCACGGCCGUGAAGUCACGCGGCGCCUCCAUCUUCACCGCCUCGGAUGACGAAGAAACCGAAGGCGAGUGCGUCCAGGACCCGUGGCCCACCGCCAAGGGUGCCUCAGACGCGUUGGUCGGAGCGUCGACGGAGCACGACGAUCCUUGGCCCUUUGCCACGGAGAAGGGAAGCGGAGUUCCGGGGGUAGGUGGCGAUGACGUGGUGGUCGGUGGCGAGGCUAACGCGAAGGAGAGAGGGGAUGAGGUGGUGGUGGUGGGAGUGGAUGUGAGAGAGGGUGGGAGAACUUGUGUGCAAGGAUUACAGGGUUUGGAGAUUGGAGAGGAGGCCAAGAAUGGUGGUGGCGACGAUGAUGAGAAAGAAGGUAAAAAAGAAGAAGCCUACUUUAACCGAGGGUUUUAUUUGAGAUAAAUUACUGCCAUGGUUAUCUAAUUAAUUAAGGUUGUUUUAGUUUUUUUCUUU